AUGAAUUUCUUGGCUCUAUACCUGGCGCUCGUCAGCGUCUUUUCCAGCACAGUCGCUGCCCUGCCCAGACUUGAGCUCCGAGCAAUUCUCGCUUAUAGAAGUUGGGACCUUCGCUUCCUGAGCGUUGCACCCCCAACUUGUAACCCCGACGACUCGAAUUUGGACUAUUCGAUUUUCCAUCGCUACGGCGCGAGUCCCCGCUCUUGUGAGGCGCUUGAUACGGCGUCGUUCAACGCGACUAACCUCAAGAGUAUCUCGUGGAAGAGUCCCGAGCCUUCGGAUCAGCAGGAUAUUUGCUUGUUUAGUACCGCUGACUGCUCGGGUGGUGAGGGUGCUUUCCUCGGGACUAUUACCUCCGGCUGGGAUGUCUGCUAUCUGUAUAAUGGUUUCUUGGGGUGGACUGUUAUUGAGCAUGGGGAUAGCUGUGUUUGA